UAUGGCGUCUGCAUUCUGCAAUUCUCUAUUCCAAGUCAAGCAAGCAUAUGAAGUGAUGAAGUGGAAGAGAAAUUUGUGAAAAUAUAGUUCAAUAAAUUGUAUCAAAAACAUUAUUUUUAUCGGAAAAAUCAUCACCAUAUAAUACUGUUGAAGUAGCCUCCAGAUAUCGCACGACACAGAGACAUCAAAAAAGGUGCCAUUAGUGGUGAAGGAAGUGAGUGCAGGACGGCUUCCUGCCCAAGUUCUUUAAGUGGAAAAAAGUGAAGAUAUUGUUGUGACAAUGGCAAAGGAAAUUGGGGAGGAGUACAUGUCCAGUUUGGCGGAUUUGAACGUCAACAGCAAGCCCCUCAUUAAUAUGCUGACUAUCAUCGCAGAGGAGAAUAUCGAGCAUGCAGAAGUGAUUGUCAAGGCCGUCGAGCAGCAUCUCACAAAGGUGAGCGCAGAUGUAAAGCUACCCGUUCUGUAUUUAAUUGAUUCAAUUGUUAAGAACGUUGGUGGAGAGUACAAGGCUCUCUUCAGUCAAUACAUCGUUAAUAUGUUCUGCGGAGUUUUCGAAAAGGUGAAUGAAAAGCUACGUGAGAAGAUGUUUGCACUUCGCCAGACGUGGAACGAUGUAUUUUCACAGCAGAAACUCUAUACAUUGGACGUUAAAAUAAAUUGCAUGGACCCUGGGUGGCCAAUAACGGCUAAAGUAAAGAGCCCAGCUAUUCAUCUUAAUCCGAAUUUUCUCAAAAAUAAGACUGCUGGGGAUCCUAAACUGACUGAAAUGGCUAAAUUGAGUGAAAUGCAAGCUCAGCUGCGGGAUAAGCAACGUGAAUUGUUGGAAUUGCAGAAGCAUAAGCUAGAACUUGAGCUUGUGGCUACAAAGCAGAGAAUCGAGGAGGAAGAGAAGAAAAUUAACAUCCAAACGGCUAGCGUUAAAAUGGUCAAUCAACCACCCAUAAUGAUUCCACCGGGGAUGCCUCCGAAUGCAAUGCGGGGUUUUAUGCCUCGUCCGGGUACUUUUCCACCAACAAUGCCACAUGCUGGAGUUCCUUCUGUGACGGUGACAGCGGCUAUGGGUGGUCCCUUUGGGCCACCACCAAUGAUGGGUAAAACACGUGUGGCUCCCGUCAAUCCGGCACUUGUCUCCAGUGUUCAACUACGUGAUCCACGACUGGUGCGUCAGAUGCAGCAACAAAUGGCAAGAGCAGCAGAGGCGUCAGCAGCAUCUGCGGUACCACCACACCGUCCUGAUCGCUUUCCCACAAAUAUGGGAGGGAUGCCAGGUAGUAGCCGGGGUAAGAUGAUGGAUUCAUCAAAGGGCAUGCCGUCGAGUAAGCAUAUGGGAAAUCGCAAAGUUGUCACAAACAAAGAGAAUAAUAAAUCAAGCAGAAGUUCCUCCUCCACGUCAAGUACAUCACAUUCUUCUAGUAGUAAAUCUUCCUCAAUGACUAAAGUAUCAAAAUCAAGCACACGCAGUCCAUCGGACGGCAAGCCAAAGGAGAAAUCCUCACCGAGAGAGCGUAGGGAUUCCUCAUCGUCAUCCUCGUCGGGAAAGUCGAAGCACAAGAGAUCCCACAGUGGGGAUCGGAGUAGUAGUAGUAGUAAGGGUGGGGAUAGAAAAGAACAUCAGGGGAGUGUGGAGAAAUCUCCGAAGAAGCCAAAGGAAACAAUAACUGCGGAGGAGCCAUCAGUAGUGCAGCAGGGAACAUCGGUGACUGAGCAUCCCAUGUUUAGAGAUAUGAAAUUAGCACCGGGAACACGGAGCUUCCUCAAGCAAACUGGGCAUAAGGGUAAAAGUCCCACACCACCAGUUACAUCGAUUACUUCGACAACUUCGGCAAUUCCAACGCCCAUUGCGGCAUGUGAUGUUAAUUUGCGUAUCCCACCACCUACGGCGAAUACCAUCGAAAUGCCCGCGGCUGCUACGGAAAUGGCAUCUCCACAUCCCGAGAAAAGCAUCAGUGCACCGACUGAGGUGAAAGUAACAAAUGAGAACGACGAGAAAAAUAAUUCCUUUACAGAGAAAUUUAUUGAUGCUUCACUGUCGGAUGUGGAUUUGCGACAAUUCCCAAGUAAAACAGCAGGACAACCGGCAGCAAUAAAUCCUCCAAACAUUGAGGAAGUCACGGAGAACAGCGAAAGCUCAACAAGUGGGAAAAAACGUGCCAUUGAUGAUGAGCAGGAAGAUAGCAGUAGCAGCGUGGCGAGUAAGAAGAGUAAAAGUGAUAAGCUGGAUGUGCUCUUUGGAUCGCAGGAUAUGGAUUUGAGGACUUUGGGAGCCAUUAAAGCAGCAGCCAGCACCGCAGAGGCCCUAACAGCACCACCACCACCCAUUAUAUCGCAUGAGAAUGAAGCUAAUUGGGCAAAACUGAAGGGUGACACACCGAAAAAGCAAAAGGAGCUUAAGGCAAAUUUAGCAGCAAUUCGGGCUAAGCUUGCAGAAGCAACAAAGCCAAAGAAGCCACCUGUUCAGAUAACUGAAAUUCUUGAGACAAAGCGCAAACUCCACAGUAGAUUCACUAAUGCAUCUCCCUCGGAAGGAAGUGCUAAAGUUGUUGUUGUGAAGCCAGACAUUGUGGCUGAGGAUACAUCGUCACAGGAUGCAAAUGAUGCGAGUAUUAAGAUAAUUGUGGCUCAGGCACAGGAACAGCUAGAUAAUAAAUCUAUUGAUCAAGAGCAGUACAAUAGUAUGAUGAAGCAAGUGUUGCAACUCAAUGAGACGCACAAGGUGAAGGAGGCACAGAAACGUGAGGCGGGAGAUGAUGCAGCAAGGAGAAAGUUGAGGAAUCAAAUUGCAAUGCAAAAGAGCCCAGAUACGACAACACCAACAAUUGAAUCGAGCUUUGCCACAACAACAGCAGCUGAUAUUAGGAGGAGCGAGAAUGUACGUCCAGUCGUUUGGGAUACACAUUCACCGUGGAUGAUAAAUCCACUGGCAAAUGCCAUUAAUCCAUGGAAUAAUCCAAUGGUGGGACCUUUUGGUGCAUUUGGUGCCCCGCAGAAUGUUGCAGAAGUGCUACAACAGCAGCAAAUAGCUAUAGUUGCACCACAGAUAAAACCAACGAAUAUGCUGACUAUAAAAAUUGAUAAUGUCCCACGGGAAAUACGUUUUUACGAUGAUAUUGCCAUUGCUUUCAUGAAUUGGGAUCUUCCGAAGGAAAUUGGCUUUCAGAAUGGCCAGAGGCGCAUUACGUGUGACGAUAAGUACUCAAUUGUACUUAAUUUCAAUGCUGCAAAUACCCCGUGGGUUAUCGAUGGAGUUACACAUCAAAUUCGCCUGGGAUGUCCCACGAGGGAGCUGUAUAUUGAUAAUCAAUGGUACGAAUGCUUCUUCAAUGAACCAAUUCGAGUUGAACUCGAUGGCAUUGUGCGAAUAUUCAAAAUUGAAGGGCCACCCCCGCAAGUACGCAUCGGAUCACUACGUACGGAUUUAGUUGUAGGGAAGAUUAAUGUGAUCAUCGAUGCUGUUCAUUUUAUUCCAAUUUUCUUGGAUGGGAAAGAGCAGCAAUUUGAAUUAGAUGGGCAAAUACAUACGCUACAAUUUGCCGACUUCUUACUAACUGUGAUCAUAAAUGGUAUGCCAUCACCUGUGAUUUUCGGUGGACUCCCCAAGAGUUACGAUUUGAAGGGGCACAAGCAUUUCAUACGUUUCACCGCACUCCCAGCUGGUGUACGACCCGGUGAAUGUUUCAUUCGUAAUAUGAUCCGUACUGUUCUUCAAGAAGGUUUAGUUUCACCCCCACCACCGAGUUCGGCUACAUCAGCAGCUGCAGCACUAGCAGCAGCAACAGCAGAAAAUCCCACACUUCAAAGUGCAUCCAACAGGGAGGUCGUAGUUGCCAAAGAAGGUGAUAACGGUACGGAGAUUAGUGUUCCUGUUGAAGCUCCAAAGAAGAUGGAGGAAGUUGAAGAGAAGAAAGUAGAAGAACCAACACCGGUUGUGAGUAUUGAUGAUCUAUUCCAAAAGCUUCUUGCUUCGGGUAUCCUUUCGGGUGGUGCGCCGUUAUCAACGGAAAAGCCCACGAAGAAGAAGUCACGGCAUGAGAAUGAACACAAGUCAGGAUCAUCGAGGGAGAGAGCUAUCAAACCCAUCAAUUUGUCACGCCCGGAAACAAUUAAGACCCGUCAAUCGGCCAUUGUUCAUCAACUCUUCUCGGGGAUGCAAUGCUCAAGUUGUGGCGUACGUUUUCCACCUGAGCAAACAAUGAAGUACAGUCAGCACCUUGAUUGGCAUUUUCGACAAAAUCGUCGGGAUAGGGAUUCCGCGAGGAAAGCUCACUCCCGGAAAUGGUACUAUGACGUCAAUGAUUGGAUUCAGUACGAAGAAAUUGAGGAUUUGGAAGAAAGGGAGAAAAAUUGGUUUGAGACACAACAACAAGAAAUAGAUGCUAGUCAAGAGGAUUCAAAUCAACGUGGUGGUGAAGAUGUACCAAAUCCAAGUUGUCCAGCCCUUCCGGAUGAUUCCAAUCGCAUCUGCGAUGUCUGCCAUGAUCCAUUUGAGCAAUUUUACAAUGAAGAAACGGAAGAAUGGCAUUUACGACCAGCAAUUAGGGUUGAUGACCGUACCUAUCAUCCACUCUGCUAUGCUGACUAUCAGGCUUCUCUGACGUUGAGUGAAAGUAAAAUUUCCGAAGGGGCAGAUGAGGAAGUGGCUGAAACAAAUCCCCCAGAAGAUGAUGAUGUGAAAAUGAUUGAGGAUGAUGAUGAACCAGUUGUGGUGGUGAAGCAAGAAAAACCAGACAAUGAUAAGCUCACCGUUGGUUUCAUUCCCAAUGGUGAUGGUGAUACCAUUGUACCGGGAUUAGAGGGGGAUGACGAUGAUGUGAUUGCAGUGGAACCCAUUGAGCCAACAAUUACGGAAAUUCUCGAUGAUGAGGAGGAGGAGAAGAAGGAUGGUGGUGGUGGUGAGAAGGAGGCAUCACCAGAGAAAUCCCCAACAAAGACAUCAACAUCGGCACAACAAUUUGAGGAAUCAGAUGUGGAAAUUCAAGAGCCACACAUUCCCAUUCAAGAUCUCGAUGAGAUUGAAGAUGAGCCAGCAGAGGGGCAAAAUGGUGUGACAAAUAGUGAAAAUGCACCAGCUGCUGCUGAAAUUACGGCACCUGUUGUGAAAAUAAAGGAAGAACCCAAAGAUGAUGGGUAUGAGGAUGAUGUCUUUAUGGAUGUUGGAACAUCAUUUGCCCCAGGUGAGGAGAUGAUUAUCGACGAGGAGACUUUGGAUGAACAACCACCACAAGAUGCUGAGAAUGAGAAGAAACAACAAGAAGGUGACAAGACAACGAUAGACAACGAAUCAACCGAGGGAGGAGCUACAGGUGACAGCAUGGGGGCCACGAAGAUACCCGUCGUCGCAGAAGCACCACAGAUGAUUGCAACAAUUGAUGGGAAUGUAGAGAUGCACGAAGCCGUUUCUACGGGGGUACCAACAACCAACAAGAUAAGAAUAAAUAUUUCCAAUUCAAUUGUGGUUGGCAAUAAAUCGCAAAAUUUUAGUGUUGUAAACGAGGUACGGGAGGGUGGUACUGCCACCGAUAUGGUGGUGGCUUCUGAGCAACAACAUCCGGAGAAUCUCAAAGCGGAAGCGCAAAAAAAUAAAAUUGCCGAUACUGUUUUGAGGGUUUAUCCCAAAUUCGCAAAUGGCUUCGAGACAUCUGGAUUGUGUUCCAUUAUGUAGUGGAUACUCCGCAUUUUCGGAGGUCAUCCACCACGAUUGUGUGAUAUUAACAAAAAAAAUGUUCUUAUUUUGCAAGAAUAAAAACAUCCCUAGAUCAAUAUUUCUUAAGGUUACAUAAAAAAAAUAUUGAAUUCUUAAUUUGUAUAAAGCCUUCCCCUCUUAUCACAAUGUAUGGAUACAAUUUCUGUUUGUUUUUGAAUAAAUGAAUUGCAAUACCUCCCUCCCCCACAAACACCCCUCCGGUCCUCCCCAGAGGUGCCCUUCCCCAUCCCUUGAUGAAAGGGAUUUCGCGAAGGUUUUGUCUCAUUUUCUGUUUGCGAAAUUAGUUUUUAAGGAAUUCGUGUGUAAAAAAUAAACAUCUUUGUAUUUAAAGCAAAAGAAGUGAAAUAAAGGAUGGGGUUCCAUGGAUUUGAAAAAAAAAUAAA